AUGAAAUAUUUAACUUAUCGAACACUUGCUACCAUUAUAUUCACACUCGUUUAUCUAUUGCUCCUUGAACUUAACUUUAUCCACCUACCCAGUGGGUUUGGAGAACGCAUGCAGCACAAUUCCAAUUACUCCAGCGAACUGACCCCUGGAAACUCCUCUCUGCUCCCAGUGAAUAGCACUCUGCAUUAUCCCCUCUCAUAUUCGGUCUGGUUCCAAUCAUCUUGGCACCACCAGUUGAUACGCACUCGUUCACGCCUCCACCUGGCUGCUGAAGCGGUGUCUAUUAAUCCAUAUUCUGGCCCCCAGAAGAUAGUUAUCGAAGGACUAUGGAAACAACACUUAGCUCGUUUAGGCGCCGCUGAUCUCAACCUGUCUUCAGUGGUCAUACUCACGAGCCCUUCGAUAAUGGCAGAAGGAAUACAGUCUUCUCCCGCCAAUGGUUACAUCAACUCUCGCAUAGACUUAAGACGUAGAAGGCGAGCCUUUUCAGCACUUGAAGAUGAAAUUACACCUCCCUCAAAUGCACUAUGGGUCCGCAAAGAGACCGUUGAGCACCCAAUGAGUGUGGACCCCUCAGCACUCCGCGAAGAAUUCGAGAAGGGGGCUAUCAAGAAUAAGCUGUUGAAGGAAGCACUUGCUUCCCGCAAGUUGCGCAAGGGGCAAAAGGAAGAAAAACUCCAAAGCCAACCCAACCGAAUAGAUUCGAGCCUUAUUGUCAUGUAUAUUGUAAUGUGUGCUAUAAUGUAUUAUUAG